ACUCCUCACAUUUCAGGGCUCAACCUCAAUUCCGAGCUCUCUUCUCUCUUCUCUCCUCGCCACGUCUUUUUCAUUCCCUUUAGAAUUCCGUAACAGCAAACAAGCAAAUCAGCAAACCAAGAGCAAUUGCAAUAGCAAUGGCGUCUCCGCCCGACACAAGCAAAACCACAAAGCUAGAGCGCUAUAACAGCUACAUCCGCCGAGUAAAUAGCACAAAACUCAUGGCUGCCUCCUCCAAGCUGCUAUUUAGAGCAACCCUUUUGGUGGCGUUGGUCCUCAUCUUCUUCUUCACCCUCAAUUACCCUCCGCUUUCCGAUAACCCCCACCACGUCCACACCCACCCAAACUUCCUCUCCUCCGCCUUCUACGGUUCCGGCGCCUCCUGGGAGAAACAAGUCCGCCACUCCUCCACUCCUCGCCGCCCCAACGGUUUUUCCGUCCUCGUCACUGGGGCCGGCGGCUUCGUUGGCACCCACUGCUCCCUCGCUCUCAAAAAGCGGGGCGAUGGGGUCCUCGGCCUCGAUAACUUCAACGACUACUACGACCCAUCUCUAAAACGAGCGCGUCAAGCUAUGUUGUCCAAACACCAAAUCUUCAUAGUUGAAGGUGACCUCAACGACGCUCCUUUGCUCUCAAAGCUCUUCGACAUGGUGCCUUUCACCCAUAUACUCCAUCUGGCUGCUCAGGCCGGUGUGCGCUAUGCAAUGCAGAACCCUCAGUCCUACGUGAGGUCCAACAUUGCUGGCUUCGUCAACCUCCUCGAGAUCGCCAAGGCCGCCGAUCCUCAGCCUGCCAUCGUCUGGGCGUCAUCCAGCUCUGUCUAUGGCCUCAACACAGAGAACCCAUUUUCAGAGCUCCACCGAACAGACCAGCCAGCAAGCCUUUACGCCGCCACCAAGAAAGCCGGCGAAGAAAUCGCCCACACAUAUAACCACAUCUACGGUCUCUCACUCACCGGCCUGAGGUUCUUCACCGUGUACGGACCUUGGGGGAGACCCGACAUGGCAUACUUCUUCUUCACCAAGGACAUACUCCAAGGAAAGCCCAUAACCAUAUACCAGACUCAGGACGACAAGGAGGUGGCGCGUGACUUCACGUACAUUGAUGACGUGGUGAAGGGGUGCCUUGGAGCGCUGGACACAGCGGAGAAGAGCACCGGCAGUGGCGGAAAAAAGAGGGGUCCGGCCCAGCUGAGAAUUUACAACCUGGGGAACACGUCGCCUGUACCAGUAGGGAGGCUAGUGGGUAUUCUGGAAGGGCUGUUGAACGUGAAGGCCAAGAAGCACGUCAUCAAGAUGCCACGAAACGGCGACGUUCCAUACACACACGCCAAUGUGAGCCUGGCAUACAGAGACUUUGGAUACAAGCCCAGCACCGAUUUGGCCACCGGGCUGAGGCGGUUCGUGAAGUGGUACGUUAGUUAUUAUGGAAUUCAGACGAGGGUAAAGAAGGAAACGCUCAAAAGGAGCGACCAACUCGAGGAAUCCGAUUGAUCAUCUUCCAUCACACGCCUCUUCUUUUUUCCUUUCUUCAAUUUCUUUUUCCUUUUUUUGCUAUUUUUUGGGUGAUUCUGUUGGUAAGUUAUUGCUGUGGUCCAUGCUGGCAUGCUGUAUCCGAUCAAUCGGUCGAUGCUGCCCCUUCUUGUUUGUAGUAUAGGUACAGAUGUUAUAUAAAAGAUAAAUGGAGAACAAAUUUUAAAAAAAAAAAAAAAAAAAAAAACUGGAGGAAAAGAGAAGUGUAGAUCUAUGAAGGGUUGUAAUAAUGUGUUAAGUGUAACACAGGUGGUAUGGUGGGUCUGCAAGUAAAGACUGCAGAUCAGCCGUUUGAUUUGAAAUGAAAGAGUUGUGAUUGGAAAGAGAAUGAUGACAUCAAGAUUCUUCUUUUUGCUUUUCUUUAUUCAAUUAUUGGAAGUUUGUUUGGCCAUU